AUGUCAGAAAUAUUGUGCAAGUGGCUGAACAAGGAGCUGCGACUGUCCAAGUCCGUUGAACCAAAUACCAUUUCCAAGGAUUUUGCCAGUGGCUACCUUAUUGGGGAGGUGUUACAUAAAUACCAGCUGCAGGAUGAUUUCAGUUUGUUUACAAGGAACAACACCUCUAACUCCAAGCUGAACAAUUUUGCUCGCAUCAAGCCCACUCUCCAGUUACUGGGGGUUCCCUUUGACCUGACCACAGCCCAGGCACUGAUGCAGGAGCAGCAGGGCGCCACCACACGUUUUCUUUAUCAGCUCUACAUCUCACUGGAGAAGAAGAAGAAAGCAGGAAUCAGUGCAGCAGUGAUGGAAAUUUCACAGCCUGCUGCUGCUGCCUGUCUGCACAAAAAAGAGAAUGAAAUCUAUGCUGAUCGCCUGCAUAUGGUGGUGAAACGCGAUGCUGACUUGAAGCUGGAGAAAAUUUCUCAGCGCUAUGAGGACAGGACCCAGCAGUGGAAUGACAAGUCUGCGAUGGCUCAGCUGGUCCAGCAGCAGAAACAACUCAAAGUUCAAGAGGAAAUGAGAAUGAAGAACAUUGAGAAGCUGCGUGCAUCUCGCCAGAGGCAGAAUGAGGUCAUGGCACGUAUUCAGGCCUCCAUCGUCCAGGUGCCCAAGCCUCCACCCAACAGAUUGCUCCAGAACCUAGAGAAGAGACGCCAGCAACAGCGACAUAGAGAACAACAAGCUCAGAUAGUCCAGGCUGAAAUAGCCCAGGUUGAGAAGAACAAGAAGACUUUGAUUACAUCUGGUUUUGGUUCUUCCUCAAGUAGCCAGACCCUUCCUGGAGAUUCUUGCACUUGGGGCAGCAGCCAUGGCCGUAAGGUUCUUGGAGGGGGGCCUGAGGUGGUGCUGCAGUCCAACAGCGAGUAUAUCCAGAGGAUCCAUCAGAGGCUGGAGGAGGAUGCCAUGGCGCGCCAACAAAGGGACAAACGACGACGCCAGUUUCUGGUGGAGCAAUUCAAGGCCCAUGAAGCUCAGGAGGAGGCUAAGCGUGAGGAGCAGCUGGUGAAACGUCUGACACGUCAGACCCAGCAGGAACGUCGCCUGGAGGUGCAGCUCCUACAGAUACGCAAGCAGAAGGAGGUGAUCCGGGAGAACCGCCUGUUCCGAGAACAGCAGUACCAGCAGCGGAGAGAGAGGGACUUCCAGGAAGCUCUGGAGAGGGAGGCGGCUUUGGCUCGGCAGGCUAAACUGGACCAGGCUGAAGAGAUCAGAAAGGAGCUUGAACACUAUAACAGGAUUGCUGCUGAACGUGCUGAGAACAGAUACAAGAAGCACUUUAAGAGCUGCCGGGAGAUUUUGGAGCAGAUAGUGGACCUGGCGACCAAGGUUGGAGAAUACCGCCUGUUCACUGGGAAUCUGAUUCCAGUGAAGAUGAUGAGGGAGUGGAAGGAGUUGCUGUUCUGUGGUCUGCCUCAGUAUGAGCCAGUGACCGAAGGCCAGCAGCCAGGGUUCAAGUCAUCCGCCCCGAUAGACUCUGUAGAGCUUGAGAAGCAGGAAACACUCAACAACCAAGACUAUGAUGAAUACACUAACAUGGUAGGUAACUGGGCGUGGCCAGAAGAAGCAGGGGAAACCAAGUGCCCCCCAACCAAAAACAGGAUUCUUGGACAUAUAAUCCUGCGGUUGAGGAACAUUGCACAUCCACCGACUCCGGACAGCCCCUCUCCUUCCUUCACUCACUUUACCCUCAAGGCCUGUGUUUUGGGCAAGCAAUACUCUGGCAAGACCACCUGCUUGGCCAGGAUUGCUGAAGCCCAUGGUAUCUGUGUCUUAUCAGCUGACAUAUUGAUCCAGGAGGCACUGAUGGCUUACCAGAAUGGAGAGGAGCUGUCUACACGGGCCCAGCUGGGAGCAGCUGCUGAGAAGGAGCUAAGAAAAUGUAAAUCUGUCCCUAAUGAACUGAUGGUGGACAUUAUGGUGGAGGCUAUCAGGCAGAUUCCAGCUUAUUCAGGCUGGAUCUUGGAUGGAUUCCCAAUGAACAUCACCCAGGCUGUCUUGCUAGAGAAAGCCCUGGGUGGGUCAGGAGACCUCCAGGGUAGGGCUGUGAGCAGCAGAACUAACCUGGCUAUUGAACCUAACGCAACUAAAAUGCCACAACCCCCAGCUCCUGUGCUGGAUGUGGCUCUGCUUCUGGAUAUUUCUGAUGAACAUGUCAUCGUCCGUGCAGUCCAACAGACCUCAGAGGAGAGUGGACCAGAGGAAAGAUCAGCACCAAACUCAAUCCAGGACCCUGUGACCAUCACCACUGCUGGGACUGCUACUUCUAGUGGUGGUGCUGUUGUUGCUACAGCCUUCUCUCCCAGAAACAAGACCUUGGAGAAGGCACAGAUACAACACAGCAUCAUAGCUUUCCAGGACACCUGGUCAAAACUAGAGAAGUGGUUUGGCAGGAAGCAAAACAUUUUGGUCCGAGUUGAUGCAGAUGUGGAGGAGGAGGAGCUGUACAAGAAGGUGGAGUCUGUCCUGCAGCAUGUUAUGAUGCAAAGACAGAAAGCAGUUUUCACUCCUCCUGUUGAUGAUGUUGUGUUGGAUAGUGGAAAAGCUCGAGACACCUGCUCCUCUGCCACACCUCCACAUGCAGACCAAGUCCCAGGGCUUACAGAGUCCAGUUCCAGCCUCAACCAGGAAACAGCCCUCAGUAGCAAGUCAUGUACCCAGUCGAACACUCUUUCCUCUAGAGGUCAUUCUAGGAAGAUGUCAGUCUGUUCUGUGUCCAAUGAGACCUCUCAGGAAGUUCUCAAGAGCCCGUCAGAGUCUGGCCCUCCUCAUCCACACUCAGUCAGCUGGGUCUAUGUGGAUGAACAUCUGCCUGCAGAGAUUGCAGCGUACCUCUGCCCCUACUGGGACAAAGUGUGCGAAUCAUACGUGAGCAACAUCAAGACUGUGAUGCAGGACUUGCGGUCAGAGCGCAACCUUAUCAUCCAUCACCUAUUCAACACCAGAGAGGAGUUUAAGCAUUACCUGAGUCGUCCAGACCUGAAGCAGGAGUUUGUGUCUCAGUGGCAGAGGGACUACAACAGCAUCCCUGAAGACAUGAGAGGUGAUGAUGAUACCAGAGCAGAGCUGCAUCAGAGACUGGAUGACCUGCGUGAAUGUCUGUGGGACAUUUGUGACAAACGUAAAGAGGAGAAUGAGCAGGAGAGGGCUGCUCUCAUGGGCAACAGGUGGUUGGAGGACCACACCGCUGUUCUCAUUAAUGACUACUCUGCACUCAUGCAGGUGGAGGUGGACCGUUUCCAGAACACUCUAUGUAUUCUCAGGGACUACUAUGGGGGAAUGUGCAGACAUGCUGUGCCUGAUCCACCCACAGACUUAAUCUGUAUCCCCCUAGUGGACAUCACAGACACCGAGGAUCAGGAGGAGAGUUCUGAGCAAACAACUGGAGAUGCGAGUGGUGGGACGGAUGAUGGAGAGGAGAAGAGCAAAACUAAAGUUAUUCUCCUCCCUCGACACAUUCCCUCUAUAGAAGAGGUUUCCAUGCCCAAUGACCAGCAAGAGGCAGACUCUGAAAAGCCACCUGAUGAGAUCCUGAUCUCCAACAUCUAUGAGGCUGCACUCUUAGCCAUCAACAGCUUGGUGUCACAAGAAACCCAAAAGAGUGAGGUGGAGAUCAAUGAAGAAAACCUGACACAACAAGAGAAGGAGAAGACGGAGAAAACCCCAAGGGCAUCUGCAAGUGAAAGAACAAAAAAUAAAAACAAAAUACAAAAGGAAGCAAGAAGCAAGAGUGUAGAGAGGCAAGCUGACCCCUCCCCUCCACGACAGCCCAGCCCUGCACCCGAAACCAAAAAAAGACGAAAUUCUGAGAUUCAUAAACAAGACAAUAGAACCAAGAUACAAAAGGAGUAUGAUGCUGCGCGGGAGCAUGAAGAGCAUGCUGUAAAGGCACGUCUUGAGCUGGUGAGAGGUUGUGCUCUGGUGACGGUGCGCUCCCUGCAGAGAACAACUGAACAGACCUUCAGCAGCUUAAAGAAGUGGCUAGAAGCACAUUAUCUUGCAGAAAUGAAAAAUAUUGAUCAACUAACAGAAGUGGUGCGCCACCACAUUGAGUCUGACGCUAAGCUACAGAAUGAACUGGUGCUGGAAUGCACUGACUUCUAUGUGGAUGGAGACCUGCGCUUGGUGGCUAGCCCACCUCCACCUCCCCGCCCAUCUGCCAUGGAGAAACCUACUAACUCAUCCCUGACCAUAGCUCAGCUAGAGGCACUCUACCAACAGCUAUGCAAAGUGGCUCCAUCAGGCCUGAUGUCCAGUUUUGACUUCACCAAUACACUCCAGAACAUCAUCUCUGUCAACAUGUGCAGCAGGUCCUUGCCUGAGUCCUGGAUCAGCAUGACUGAAUCACAGCUGAUGGAGAUAAUCUCUCUACUAACUCAUGAUGCUGAGAUGUUAGACUGGCAUCGGUUCCUGCUCAGUGCUGCCCUCCCUUGGCCUAUUCCCUCCCUAACACAGCUGCUGAGUGUGCUGCGGCGCUUCCAGGGAUUAGAUACCCACAGCUCAGGCUAUAUCAAUGAGCAGCAAUACUUACAGACUGAGUUGUGGUUUCCCAGUGAGACAGUUCAACCUGUCCCGGAGGACCCCUCUGAGCCUCUGCCAUAUGAUCGCCUGGCCAACCUACGCAAGUUCUUUUUCCAGUUGUUUGCAGACCACUCGGUCUCUCCUCCUCGUUUAGAGUACGUGUCCAUGCUGCAGUACUUUUCAGCCCACCCUGACUCUGCCCAGGGCUUUGUCAGAGCACUCAGUGUGGUGGUGGGACAACAUCUCAAGCAUUCCUCAACCACCCAUCUUGUCAAGUCUAUGCCCAAUAUAAAGGAGGCUGGAACCCCAGAGCUAGAGGGAGAGCACACUGAAGGGGACGGAGAAGAGACUGCCUGUGGAUCGAGCAGUUUGCUGGGGGAGCAGGGAGUGUCCAUCCCUGCCCUGCUUGAUGUCAUUUGCUGCAAAGGCACCAAGAUGGAAGGAUACAACCAUUUCGCUCAAGGCUGCAACAGCCAAGAGGAACACACUGAGAACCUGGUCCGUAUAUUCGGAGAGCUAGGCUACAGGCCUGAGGAGCAUAUCCCCUUCUCAGUCCUGUCUCAGCAUCCUUUCAUCCAGGGCCUGGUGGACAGCUCAACAUACUACAAGCUCAUAGACAUUUAUCAACUGCUACACAUCCAUAAGGAUGAAGGAGAGUUUCAGCGCUUGACAGUUUCCUGAGACUAAUUUUUUUUCUAGGAUUACAAGUUGAAAGUAAAUACAAACAAGUACGCUCUGAUUUAAAAAAUGAAGAAAA